GAAGGCAUUUUUUUCAGGUAUUUUUUUCCAGAAAAGGUGGAAACCCUAGUUGCUACCCAUUUAUGUACAGACUGGCAGGUAGGCCCACAGUUGGCAAAUAUAGGGUUAAUAAGCAGAGGCUGCAGGGAAAGUUAAAGGGACAGAGGACAGCUGUUCCCAGCCUAGCGGGCAGUUGUCGGCCCUCAUCAGAGCGAAUGGGACAGGCCAUAUUUAAAGAGCCAGGUGGAAGCCUGAGCAUCUUCUGUGAGUCUCCCAGCUGGUUUUGUGUGCAGAUCCAUAGGCAGCUCCUGCCCAACACUGAGGACUUCCAGUAGUCACACUAUGCCAGUCCCAUUCCUGCUGAUUCGUACCCUCCUGGUUCGUGCUGCAGGCAGUAGGCUAGCAGUCUCAGGUGCCCGACAACUCACAAAGGGAGCACGUUGGGCAAGAGCUCGCCUCCUCAUUCUUCUGCAGAGGCUCUGGGACCGUCUGACAUCAGAAGAAACCCGCCAGGCACUGCUGAGUUGUGUUCUGUGCUUACUGAAUCUGAAACACAAGUCCAACACCUAGGAGCCAGGACGUUAGAGGGGUCCCAGCCCAGGACAGAGGGGCAACGUGUGCUGAGACCCAAAGACAAGCAGUGCAGAGACUCCAGCAGGGGACAGUGAGGAACAUGCCACAGAGUGUGAUGAGGAAAGCUCAGCCCUUCACAAUUGGGACAAAACUUUCAUUACCGAAAUAUCCAGUGGUUGGUACUUUGGACAGUGGCCCCCUGCCUCUGAAUGAGCGGGUAUCACAGUACCUGGCACAAGCUUGCCCUACAGGCCACACUUACGCAUCACAAUGUGCCAGUCCCACUGGGACAGUAUCUGAGCACUGUGUCCUGGCACGUUCUAUCAGGAAAAUCACCCUCUCCAGCCCGAGAUCCCCUCCUAGUGGUGAGGCAGUAGGAGUCCAUCAGCAAUACUCCAGGGGCAACUAUAACAAUAACAACAGCCGGGCACUCAGGGAUGGCUCCCCGAGAGCAUUGUGCCAGUGGGCAGUACCCAUACCAAGAAUAUCUGGAGGGGAAGACCUUAGGCCAGACUGUUUCAAGAGCCUGGAACCCCCCUGCCUUGUCCUUCAGAGACCUAGUGCUCAGCCUUCAGCCUGCAGUAGAAAUGAUCUAAUGGGACGGAGACCUACCGGCCUUGAGGAUGGGGUGACUCAGCUCAGCCAGGACAUAAUCCAGGCCCAAAUGUGGGUUCGGGGGAGGCUCCGUGACCUUACGGACACCUGUGAUGUGGCUUCACUCCCAGACGGGGAUCAGCGGGCACAGACCACACAGAAGGACAUGGCGCUAUUUGAGGACACAAUAGUGAAGCUGAACCAGAGGAGUGAGUAUUUCUGCAAGGGCGAAACCGAGAGUGCACAUUCCAUCAGGUUACAGCUUCAGGCUCUAAGAGACCAAUGGCAGCUUCUAAAGCAAACUUUGACCAAUCAAAAAAGAGCCCUGGGAGGAGCUAAGGCCCUGCAGGAGUUCAAUAAGAAGGCAGAUGAACUGGAGAUGUGGAUGAGAGAGAAGGAAGAGAAGCCUUCAAUGAGUCUCCUAUUGGAUGAGAACAAUGACAAAAUACAACUGACUCGUCGCAUUCUCGACCUGAAACAGGAACAACUUCACUACCGGAACCUACAGGAGAACAUCAACAGCCUGGCUCAGAAGCUGGAGAAACAGGGAAGAAUGGAGAGCAAAGCAGCCUCAAACAGGCGCAAGCAGCUCAACAAGAUGUGGCUCAGGUUGCAGGAGACAUUACUGGAACAUCAGCAAACCUUACAGCUGGCCUUGGAGGCUGCCACCUUGUGGCAACAGGCAGAUAGCAUCCUUAGAGCCAUGGAGGGGCAGAAAAGUAUGAGUGUUGUAAGCAAUGGUGAAGACCUAAAGGGGAUCAGAGACCGGGAACUGAGGGACAUUGCAAGCCAGAUUAUGAUUUUGGAUGUUACAGUCUCUCAAGUUUCCAGUCUACACCCUGUCCUGGCAUCCAAAGCCAAUCAAAAGCAGCGGCAGGUGAAGGAGUGUUGGGCACAGCUACAGGAAUCACUCAGGGCCGACAAAACACCCAGAACCAAUGGGGGCUGCACUUUCUCCAGAGAACCAUGCAGCCCCCCUCUCCCAGUACAAAGCAGCAUGAGAAUCAAACAGCAAGAGUUUCUGGGAGGCUUGUCUGCAGUGCCGCAGAAUGGCACCACCAGUGGUAAAGCUGGAAAUAAAAAAAACAAAGAGGAGUUCAAGUAUGGUGGCCCUGUGCCUAAGGUCAGCGGGGUCAUCAGCGGGCAUGCACCUGAGCUUAAAAGCAGGAGGGACAAUUACCUGGAGCAAAGAGAGGGGCUUGAGCAAGAAGAAAGUCUGGGAGGUGAAUCUACUGAGCAGAACACAGAGGAGACUUGGGUUCUUGGUGAGUUGACUUCUACUGAACAGUGGCUUCAAAGCCUCGAGUGUCUCAUCUCUGAGCCUGCAGUCUUGCAGAAUCCAGAAACCAUACGCCAGGACCUGAAGAAGGUGUCAGUUAUGGAGAGAGAGCUGAAAUCCAGAGCUCUAGCUUUGCACUCGCUGUUGGCCAAAGCAAGGGGACCAGCAGAGCAGAAUAUGAGGGAGGGCAUGAAGGGGAAAAUACAGGAGGUGGAAGAAAGGUUUCAGAUGGUACGUGAGGCUCUCCAGCGUCGGGUCUCUGAUCUGAGAGACACCUUGGUGCUGUCAGAAUUCAUGGAAAUUGUGCAGAAGGAAGAGAACCGGAGAAAGAAACAGAAGCUGGAGGCCAGAGGUUCUCCUGCACAUGGGUCAGAUGGCACUGGAAUGGAGAGAGAGGACAGGUUCACUCCCCUGGAGGAGUUGCAGGAAGCAGUGGAAAUGUUGAAUGAUGCAGCGAAGGAGCGAGAGAAGACAUUGGCUCUUACCAGGGAAAUGGAAAAACUAAGGGAACUGCUCUCGGCAGUGAGUGAAAGUGUUGAAGCAGCUCAGAAGAGACUGGAUGAGUUGAGGAAGGAGACAGAGGAGAGGGAGAGUGGGUUUGCGAUGGUGAAGAGUCGGGCAGAACUAAAGGAUUUGCAAGAAGUGUUCAUUCAGCAGAAGCAGCUUGAGGCCAACAUAUCUGGGCUGCUCCGGUUGGAGGUAAGGCAGCUGGAAGAGCAGGUGACACGGAUGCAGGAGCUGUGCCCAGAGAAGACCCAGAUGAUAGGCAGGAAUGUGAAAGAGACCCUUGGGGCCUGGACGCAGCUGCAGAAUGGGGUUCAGGGUAACAAUUCUAGGAUGCAGAGAGCUUCCCAGCUCCGACGAUUUUUCCAGAGUUACCUGGAUAUGAUAUCCUGGACAGAGGAGACCAGAUCUCAAAUCUUUCUGGAAAACCCUGGAGAGAAAGUUACCCUAACGUGGAGGGAGGAGCUUGAGAGAAGAAUUGAGGAGAAGUUAAAGGAGUUUGAAGAGUUGGCCAGCAUUGGAUGGAAGUUCAUUGGAGAGGAGCAUUUCCUUGCACAAACGAUUAAGGAGCGCCUUGAGGAACUGCAGGGAAUGUUAAGUUGGGUGCUGAUGAGGUGGAGGUGCCAAAAAAAGCAGAAGACCAUGGAAAACAAGACAGAGUGGCGAAGGUCCAAGGACAAGCAAGACUCCAGUCAGGUUCCACAGGAGGAACCAUCAAACAGGCACCAAAUGGCCAUUAUCCCACCAGAGGCAUUUGAGAAGCUGCAGAGUAAGGGCAGUAGACUCACCUCUAUCCCUACGAAGGGGCCGACAUUGCGAAGAUAUGGGCGAAAGACCCACAGCCCUAUGUCCUUAGAGCAGCACCUUUGUCUGCUGUCUGCAGGCUCACAAAGGGAGAGUCCACUGGGGGCAGAACUGCUAGAAGAAACUUCAAGGUCAAAGUGUUCUGAGGGUCCCUUGUGGCUGGAGCCACGAGAGUUACCAUCUGCUGCAGGGACAGUGGAGGAACAUGCAGAACAUCAUAUGAACCCUCUUCCCAAACCCUACAGUUCUUUUUGGAAGCGAUGUCAAGGGCUAUUAGAGAACACUUUUGGUAGCUUAAAAAGAAAGAAAAGGGUUUCGCUCCCUUGUGUGGAAGAGGUCAGCAGCUUUUUGCACGAGAAGGACAGUGAGCAAUCACAACCAACUCCAUGCCAAAGUCUGACUGUGCCACGACCUGCUAAAAAAUCACGAGCCUGUGAUCAGUAUUCCAUGCCUUGCAAGCCUAGGACAGGUGGCCCCUCCUUGCCCAAAUUUAGGGCCAACAGCCUUUUCAACAGCUUAAAGAGAAAAAAUAAAGGACACAGAUGUACAGUCCAGGGAAUCAUGGAAUUACACUCAGAACCAGUUAGGGCAAUUCAUGAAGAUGUCAAGAUAAGCCAGAGCCACACUUGGCCACCAAAACAACAAAGAAAAGUCCCAGAACCAGCAGAAAGCUCAGAUUGUGCUGUGCAUUAUGUGAAAAACCCACUUGCCAAAGAUAUUGAUGCUGAAUGUUCAGAUUCUGGCUUAAGUGUAAAGAAAGUUGAAACAUUCAGACAGAAGAUUAAUUUGGGAAACUUAGUCUUACCUCAAACCUACAGAUGUGUCUCCCUAGGUUCCACACUAAGCAUAGAGUUAGCCAAGGACAUUCCAGGUUCUCCUAAACUAUCAGUGACUAGUCAAGUCAAAAUGCAUGGAGCCAGUCAACAAGAAGCAGAGCAUUCACAAAACGUUGACUCCUGGAUGGAGGAGCUAAAUAACUGCCCUGGCUACUGUAGGAAGAACCUCCAUGGAUAUGGGAAAGGUCCUAGCAAUGAGCUAAAGGCUCUAGAAAGUGCAACUGAGGACUUUCUCAGCUUUGACUUAGACAGGCUUUCACCCAUAGGGGGCCUUCAUGAACAACUGGGGCCAGAGUGGGACAGAAUGAGAGCUGUGUUAGAUAUCCCACAAGAUCACAGCAGCUCCAAAGCUACAGAUGACAGUAAAGGAUUUGAUUGUUCCUGGAUAUAUGAAGGCAAGGGCUUCAGCCAUGUUCCCUUGGCUCCUCAUGGAGCUGACUAUUCUUUCAGUGUAGUUCCAAUAGGCAGUACCAAGGCACAGUGUCAUUCUGGGCAUCUCAAUAGUAAUCAACCCCUCUGCCUGGAAGGACUUUCUGUCUCUCCGGACUACAGUGCACAAAAAAGGGAACCUUUAAAAUGGAGAUCAUGUUCUGUACCAGAGGUUCUACACCCGGAUCAUGAGCUUCUGGAACAAGAUGAUGAGGAGCUGGAGGGCAUCUGGAAUAAUGCUAAAAGCCGUGGGGAGGGUGUCCCAAAAACCUCUCAAGUCACUUAUCAUAAUAUGGUGGAAGUGGGGAAUUUGCCAAAGACUGCAGAGCCUGUGAACUUGUGUGAGAAGGCACAAAGUGGGCAAGUAGUGAUGACGGCAAAACAGAACAUGCUGGUGGCCACUUUCACUCUACCCAACACUGUCCUGGCAGCAGAUUCAUUAAAGAAGAGUUCUGUUAGGGCACCUGCAGGGGAGAACCAAGAUAAUACUAGUACCAGACUGGGCCUAAGUUCAGAGUCUUGCCCAGCACUGGGUCAGUGGGAUCCUGUACAGAUCAGCAAAGAGAAGAGAGAUGAAAUGAAAGGAGAGAGCGAAAAGCACACACGCAAAUUGGACUUCCAGCUGAUGGAGGGUCCCCUGGAAAGGAAACACAUCCUACAGCAGGGAGGCAAAAAGGCUUCUUGUCGCACAUGGACUAUGCACUAUGCUGUGCUGGUGAGACGGACACUCUGCUUCUACAGUGAUAAGAAAUUUUCCAGCAAGAGCUCUGUUUCUGCUCCUCCCUUACACCUCACUGGAGCCACAUGCUACCCUGACUCUGCUUACACUAAGAGAGGCAACUGUUUCCGGCUGCAAUUAGCAGAUGGAUCAGAGUACCUGCUGCAGGCCCCUUCCUCAUCUUUUCGCCAAGAAUGGGUUUCAAAACUCCAACAGAAUGCAGGACUUAAAGAAACAGAUCUGCUUGGAGACAAAAUAUUGGGCCAAGAGUUCUCUCCUCACCUUGCUUCCAGAGUUGGAUCCUUGAGUCCUAGGAGGGCAGAUUUGUGCCAGAGGGCAGCAGGGAUGAUCAAGGGAGUCAAGGACAAGAAAGAGCUGCCUGAUAAUGAAUCAGAGGGCAAUAGAAUGCCAUCUCACCCUACCUCUUCUCAUUGGCCAGAAGAACUCCCAGGGGAAUCAGCCAGACUAACUCACAGCUCCCAGUGGGACAGCGAUAUAGCCAACAGGAGGCGAUCACGCUCUUUCAGUGCAGUUACAUACCAAAAGGUGCCGGGCAAGGAGACCACUCCCAGCUACUCUGUCACACUCUAUAUCAGUGAAUCCGCAGCUCCUCGGGGGCGAUGCCAUUCAUUUGCCACAAGCCCAGAAGAGUGCCGCCCGCUUAUCGGACUGGGGAAGGAAGAAUUCCAUAUUGGGGACCCAAAGCCUCGCCAAUCUGUAUUUAGGAAAUUUUUCCGCAAGAAAGAAUAGCUGGGAUCCAACCAUUAUGACUAUUCCCACUUUUCCCUGCUUGUUAGUCCUCACAUUGGUUAAGGAAUAAAAGUGCUGCCCAUGUCCUGGCUCUCAGGCCCCACUGGGCAGAACUAAUGGAAGUAGCGGGGAGCAGCACCCUGGGAAUGGAGGAAAGUGCGCAGCAUGGAAAGACCACGACACCCAAUUUAUCUGCCCAAGAUAGGAGGUGACGUAGCUGUAGGCUCCUUGAAGCCCUUCACACUUGACGCUUGUGAGAACUUAAUGCUCAGGUUGUGGGCUGCAGCCUGUACUGGCCGUUAAGUAUGGAUUCCAUUGUCCAAACCCAGUUUUUACAGAAAAUAUAUGUACAAUGUGUGUAUAAACUAUGUAUCAGCAGCAGCCGCCACCUGUGGGAAACUGUGCACAAAUCUGCUACAGCUGGUACUGUGUUAUCUUGUAAUUACUAACUUUAGGUUGUGGAGUUUAUUUAGACAAGGCAACCACUAACGAUAAAGGCUAGAUUGCUGGCCGAAACAUUAGUGGUUGCCUUGUCUAGAUAAACACCUUUAUUAUUUUUCAUCUAAGUCCUGUGAGUGCAGACCCUUUUUCCUGCUGUGUUGGAUUGUUUGGCCCAGGCACCAUUAUCUCUACAUAUACGGGAGUGCCCGUUCCCUGAUGAUCUGCCUGCUGUUACAUAAUCUCAGCAGUAGAGCAACCCCAGCAGUGCUGAGUUCUACUGUGGGGAUCAUACAUUCAUUAAUCCUCAUUGCACUGCCUUUAUCAGUCAUUCCUAUCUGUCCCAUUCUCUAGGCCUCUCUAGGCAGCAGGGUUGUACUGAUAUGAUAAAGCAGGGGUCCCCAACCAUUUUUACCCGUGAGUCACAUUCAAAUGUAAAAAGAGUUGGGGAGUAACACAAGCAUGAAAAAGUCCCUAAGGCUGGGAAUGGCUAUUUGGUAGCCCUUAUGCCCACCGGCAGCCUACAGGAGACUCUGUUUGGUAGUACAUAUUGUUUUUAUACAACCAAAACUUGCCUCCAAGUAAGAAAUUCAAAAAUAAGCACCUGCUUUGAGGGCUCCAGAAGCAAUAUCCAAGGUGUUGGAGAGCAACAUGUUGCUCACGCGCCACUGGUUGGGGACCACUGUGAUAAAGGGUAUCUAACCCUGCCAUGUUGAGACUACUGCUCAGAGCCCAUGGGACUUGCUACUCAAUUCUGUCUUGCUUUAUGGUAGAGAUUCUAUACUACAAACUCAUUCAUAGAAAAGAGAGAGUCUGUGCUGCUUGGUGCAUCAUAUCGGGCAAAUGCCUCCGAAACUGGGGCCUCACAUAACAUGGGGCUCUGCAGUGUGGUAACGUCUUCCUUUGUAUGACUGGUCACUCAUUACCAGGACCAGAAAAGACCAGGACCAGACACUUCCCACCACCACCUCAAGCAGGGAAAGGUAAUAUUUAUCCCAAGUAUUACACAUUAUUUUUAGGCAAAUGUAAAUUAAUUUGUGGGCACCCUCACUCUACAUACGCAGACACUCUGGCCCUACCUCAGUUGUGUUGUUUUGUUCCUUACAAUAAAGCAUUUGUUUUUCCUGUU